GCCGAGCUCCCGCUGCCCGAUACCGGCGCCUUUCGCCGCUCCGCCCGGCGGCCGGCCGGGGGCGUGCCGAGCCGUGCCGAGCCGCUCGGAGCCGUGCCGAGCCGUGCUGCCCACAAAGGCCGGCUCUGAGGGCGCCGGGCCGGCAGCGCUCCUCCCCGCGGCUCUGCUCUGGCACCCAUCAUGGCUCCGUGCGACCCUCGUCCUCUCCUCCUCGUCCUCCUGCUGCUGCCGGGCGGCUGCGGGGCCGGCCUGCCCCCGGAGCCGCCGCCGCCGCCGAGCCCGCAGCUGCAGCCCCAGCCCCUGCCCGAGUCGGCUCCGCAGAAGCCCACCGUGCUGCUGGCCAUCAUCGCCCGCAACGCGGCGCACGCGCUGCCCCACUUCCUCGGCUGCAUCGAGAGGCUGCGCUACCCCAAGAGCAGGAUCGCCCUCUGGGCAGCCACUGAUCACAAUGCUGAUAACACCACAGCAAUCCUUAGAGAGUGGCUGAAGAACGUGCAGAACCUCUACCAUGAUGUGGAGUGGAGGCCAAUGGAAGACCCGCAGUCUUACCCAGAAGAAAUUGGGCCAAAGCAUUGGCCAAGCUCCCGGUUCACCCAUGUGAUGAAACUCCGCCAGGCUGCCCUGCGUGCGGCGCGAGAGAAGUGGUCAGACUACAUCCUGUUUGUUGAUACGGAUAAUUUACUGACCAACCCACAAACCCUGAACCUGAUGAUAGCAGAGAACAAGACAUUGGUGGCACCAAUGCUCGAGUCUCGCUCUCUCUAUUCUAACUUCUGGUGUGGCAUCACCCCCCAGGGCUAUUACAAAAGGACCCUGGAUUAUCCCCUGAUUCGGGAAUGGAAGAGGACAGGCUGUUUUGCUGUCCCAAUGAUUCAUUCCACAUUCCUCAUUGACUUGAGGAAAGAGGCCUCUACCAAGCUGAUGUUCUACCCGCCCCACCAGGACUACACCUGGAGCUUUGAUGAUAUCAUGGUCUUUGCCUUCUCCAGUCGCCAAGCAGGAAUUCAGAUGUACAUCUGCAACCGUGAGCACUAUGGUUUCCUUCCCAUGCCCCUGAAAUCACAUCAGAUGCUGCAAGAAGAAGCUGAGAACUUUGUGCACACAUUAAUUGAAGCUAUGAUUGAUCGUCCUCCCAUUGAACCUUCUCAGUAUGUCUCUGUUCCUCCAAAGCACCCUGACAAGAUGGGAUUUGAUGAAAUUUUCAUGAUCAAUCUGAAGCGUCGGAAAGACAGGCGGGAUCGGAUGCUGCGGACUCUCUAUGAACAGGAGAUUGCAGUCAAGAUAGUGGAGGCUGUGGAUGGAAAAGCACUGAACACGAGUCAGCUCAAAGCUCUCAGCAUUGAUAUGCUUCCGGGUUACCGUGACCCAUAUUCCUCCAGGCCACUAACCAGGGGAGAGAUCGGCUGCUUCCUUAGUCACUAUUACAUCUGGAAGGAGGUGGUGAACAGAGAACUGGAGAAGACACUUGUUAUCGAGGACGAUGUGCGCUUUGAGCACCAGUUUAAAAGGAAGCUCAUGAAGCUGAUGGAUGACAUUGAAGAAGCACAGCUAGAUUGGGAGCUUAUAUACAUUGGACGGAAAAGGAUGCAGGUGCAGCAGCCUGAGAAAGCAGUUCCCAAUGUCAUGAACCUCGUGGAAGCUGAUUACUCUUAUUGGACCCUGGGGUAUGCAAUCUCUUUCCAAGGUGCUCAGAAACUAAUUGGAGCUGAGCCUUUCAGCAAGAUGCUGCCAGUAGAUGAGUUUCUGCCGGUCAUGUACAACAAGCACCCUGUAGCAAAGUACAUGGAAUACUAUGAGUCCAGAGACUUGAAAGCCUUUUCAGCAGAACCACUGCUUGUUUACCCCACUCACUACACAGGGCAGCCAGGCUACCUCAGCGACACAGAGACCUCUACGAUCUGGGACAAUGAGACCGUGUCAACUGACUGGGACCGAACACACUCCUGGAAGUCCCGGCAGCAGGGCAAGAUCCAUAGUGACGCCCAGAACAAGGAUGCCCUGCCUCCUCAGUCAUCUCUCAACACGCCAUCCUCCAGGGAUGAGCUAUGACUGCCUGCUUCCCCUGGGCUCUGUUGACAGCUGAACCUGCCUCACACCUGCUUUGCACCCUUGAAAGUUGUAGAGCAGCUGUUCGUGUGGUCUCCUUCCUGCUACCUGGAAUGGCAAAGCAGGGUGGUUGGACCUGGUUGUGUUACAGCUUACCAGGCUGCUUUUCCAGGACUGCGGGGAGAGGAAGGAGGAAAAAGUGUUCCAAAAGGCUGAAAAAAGGCAGAGAUCUGAACAAAAGCCUUUGCAAGCUUUUGUAAACAAACAAACAAAACAAAAACCUUGAACGACGUCUUUCUACAGUACAUUGUGUAGAAUACUGUAUUUAUGAAGAUUAAUAUAUAGAGGUGUACAAGUGUUAAUACCUUUCUGGAUAGCUGUAACUGGGCUGCUGUGUAACUGUUACUUCUUGUAGGUUUGUAGGCUUUUGUAACCCUGUUUGCUGAGAGAAACUGCAGGCAAGUGUUCAGGUUAUUUGGUUUUGUUUUUCAAAGGGAUCCCUGUCAAAGGGUUUCCAAAAAUGCUUGAUGCACUGGAGCGGUGCUCCAGUGUAGUGUCUUCUCCUUCAUCACUCUUCUGCAGAAUAACAUUUCUGGCUCCCCUCUAAAUUUAAAGACUUCCUAGAUCCCAUCCCAGUAGGUCUGCCAGUCUGGAACUGAUAUCUUGGCAUGUCUAGAAUCUUGGAAACUAGCAGAUAAAGCAGUGGUUCCCCCAUCUGUUUUUCUCUGCACUGUCUGAAGGGAACAUGCCUUGCUUUCUCCCUGCCCAAUUUAUUCCUUCAGGAAAAGAAAGCCUGACAACCUUUUUGCAGGCCUGUUUAAGUAGGCCACAAAAACAAACAUAGGAAAUUUGAUUUUUACAGUUCUGGUUACAAACUUCUUAUGCUAUCCUAAUAGAACAACUGACCAAAAUGUCAGUGCUGUCAACUGUACCAUUCUCAACAGCCUUGAUAUAGAAUUGUGUUACAGGACGGAAAGGCAACUUGUCUUGAUAUUUUUUCAAGUGAGGAGCAAACUGACUUGCCGUUGGCUAGCAUGUCAGCAGUGUGUGAUGUUGUUUUUUGUUGUUUUUUUUUUAAAGGUUUCUUAGAGGCCAGGUGAUUGUGGACUACACUGCUUAGGUUUAGCUGGCACAGGUCUCAACCUGCAGGCACUUGUUGCAGGGGGUAAUGUUCUCCUGCACUAGCAACCUGGAGACUCGCCUGCUGGCUAAUCUGUACAGUUGAGUAUGUGUGGUUGUGUGUUUUUUUAUUGUUGUUUGUUUUAAUAAUUACUGAUCAAAAUUGUGCUUUCGGCUAAAGAAGACAUGUUAUUAUUACCUGUCAGCGGGUCUGAUAAUACAUAGAACCUGGUGCAAGACAAGCAGCUGUGUGUACUCUUCAUUGGGUGGGAGCAGGCCCCAGCUGGGGAGGCCAGUUCUCCGCCUCUGGGCUGGCUCACGCGCAGCUGUGUUGAAGUGAAGUAUUUUCCAACAAGCCUACUCUGGCUCUGGGAAGACAUUGAAGCCCAAGCUAGUGGAGUCAAGAGUGUUUUCAGCUAUGUUACUGUACCACGGAGUUGUUGGCCAUUUUUUUGUACUGCAGCUAUUGCCUUGAAGCCAUGUUCCUGCUGCUGUUCAGGAUGGAGCAGGUGGCCCUGCGACAUGGUGAGUACGGAGAGUAGAUCUGCCAUGUGCCACCAUGCACAGCCUGGGCUAUUCCUCUUUGACAAGCCCUCCUGCCUCUUCCUUGCUUUACCAGCAGCAAUGCUGACCUGUUUCAAGCGUUGUUGACCAUGGCGAUCCCAGAGACUUUGGUAAGAAGCUUAAUGUGGCCUUCAGAAGUAGAUCUCUGCGCUGGUGAGCAUCCAGCGUAUUGUCACGUGCCGCGAUGUGUAAGAGUACGGUGUUGUGAAGCUUUUCAGUUAUGUUGUGCUUCCCUGGGGACUGGGGCUGAUUCCUUCAGGCUUUGGUGGUGCUGUUUGAGAGCUGGGUAGCUGCUAGAGCCGUGUUGGGAAGGGUGCAUGAGAGGAGCAGGGCCCCAGCUUGGUGUCACUCCCUGUGGGCCUGCAGCCUUGCUAACCAACGUGCGUGCAUACCUGAGACUGGCAGAACAGUGCGGGUGAGCCAGUGUGGGAUGGGUGAGUGGCAUCAAGACCAAGGCGUUUCCCUAAUCUAACAGUGUGGCUGCCUCAGAGGUUUGUUAGAGUUAUGCUGCGUGUCUCCUCCAGCCUCGUGUGCUUUUCUGGUCAGUGUUGGACCCAUCUGUGUCUGAGCGAGGCCUGACUUCCUCUAGCCAUGGGAAUGACGUACCCUUGUGAGCACUGCUUUGGCCAGCCCUUCUUCUCCUGCCCUUUCAUGAUUAUAUUGAAGCAGUUCCUCCACGAACAUCUUGGCUGAAAACAUAGCUUGUGCUGCUCACGGUACUCUGUGCUUCAUGGUGGGGGCUGGAGAGGACUGACUAUAGGGGCAUGUGCAGCAUCCCAGCUCCCAGACCCGCUUGCUGGGCUGGGAUGCUGCUGGGCCUGAGGGUGGGUGGACAGCAGGGCCUGGCAGCACGCUUUCCUUCUGCCCCUUCCCUGGGUGCUCAGGGCCACGCAGCAGGAGCAUCACUGUGUGUCGGGGGAGAGAAUGGUUUCUUGCCUCUGUGGGGGCUUGAUCCUGUAGCUCAUAGUGAGGAGGAGUUUUGUCUGAGGGAGGCCUGCACAAGCAGGCAGCUAGUGAAGCCACUGCUGCACUGGCCAGGCAGGAAAUGGAGGUUGGGUCCCGCUGCUUUCUUUAACCUUAUUGUAGCUCAUUCAGAUGAUAAAUAAUAAUAAUAAUAAAUCUCUCUGCAUCACCAAUACAGCCUUUUGUGUUGGAGCACCGGGUGCUCCACAGCGAGCCCCGCUGAUGUGCAGAGGUUGAGGCCAUGCGACUGGGUGAGGCUGCCUCUGCUCAGCGGUGGGUGCUGCACGGCCGCCAGGGCAUGGCUGCCUCUCAGCGACCAAGCUGGAAGCAUGGCGUGUGCUGUCUGAAAGUGGUGCUGCUAGCAGAGGUGCUUUGGAAGCUCAGCACUACUAUGAUCCUGGUGGUGGUCUCAAACAAUACAGAACUGCUGCUUAGGGGGAUGUCGAAAAGUGGAACAACGCUGCAGGAAGAUUGUAGCUAAAAAGUUACAGCUAAAGGUAAGAACAAGCUGAAACGCUCUCUUUCCAGGUAGUGAAUGGCAGAUGGGUUGUGAGAGCUGGAGAAAGCUGAGAACAGUUAAAACAAUAAAUGUGAUUAUGUUAAAGAUGGGACAGUGAUGGAAGGUGGUGUGAAACGUAAAAAAAAAAAAAAAAAAAAAAA